ACUAGAGCUACCGCAGUUUCGAAAACAGUUGGCCACGUCAAAAUGGCAAAUUCGAUCCACAAAGCCGUGCAGCCCUCAGAUAUGAUCUUUAGUUGCCUUGCAGACGACACAGCUGUCAAGGAAAUGGUUGAGGCCGCUGUCGGGAGCGGCGACGUAACGGAAAAGCUCUUCGUCGAUUGCUCCACGAUCCAUCCGGAUACCGCUGGCUGGAUCAACGAAAAAUUUCGGUCUUAUAGGGCUACCUAUGUUGCCUAUCCUGUCUUUGGUCCUCCGUCAACGGCGGACUCUGGGCAGCUUGUGAUCAUCUUCGCGGGAGCCGUCGAAGAUGUCCAAAGAGUGAAGGCAUAUACAGUUGGUGUCAUUAGCCGCGCGGACAUCGACCUUGGAAAUACUGAUGUUGGUAAAGCCUCAAUAUUCAAGCUUCUUAGGAACACGUUCAUCAUCUCGUUCGUAGAGGCUGUCAGAGAAGGAAUGGUGCUUUGUGAGAAACUGGGGAUCGAGUAA